CAAUAAAGUUAAGGGACCAUACUGAUAUUUUCACCACAGAUAAAAAAGGAAACAGAAAAAAAAAAUCAUGUGUCUAUCAUUACACCGUCAUUAAUCUCACCGUUACUCCGUUUGCCGCUAAAUCUGCCACUUAAUUCUGGUUUCCCACUUUUUUAAUAAUUCCUAAAUUCCCUUUUUCAUUUAAUAAUAAAUUUAUUUUCCCCUUCUUCUCCUUCAGAAAUCAACACAUUCCUCCAUUUCUCACUUCUCCUUCUCUCUCUCCCAUUUUGCUUCCUAAAUUUAGCAAUGGCGGAUCGAGACAACAACAAUAACCCUGCAAUCUGAAAGAAGAGGAAAACGAAUUGUCUGGGGGGAUCUUCAGUUUUCCUUAUCUCUGCAACUGUUUAGCGGGAGGGAGGGCGGGGCGCAGUUAUUGGGUGUGGGGAAAUUCCAAACCGAUUUCCAUCUUCUCCUCCACCCAAAAAUACGCCAAUGGCAUUUUGCAAUGGCCUAAGAGCUUAGGCUUAUAGUCUUUCGUCUCUUCCCCCCGGCCUGCACUUUGUUUUGUCCUCUUCUAUCUGGUUCUUCGGAUAGAAAAGGCGGAAAAGAGGGUUUCCCCUCGCCGCCGCCCCAUUUUCUUCCGUCUCGCCGGUUCCUGGGGUUUUUUUUUUUUUGUGGAGAAAAAGGAAAGGAAGAAACAGAUGAGUUGCUUCUCUUGCAUUAAUCGCCGAAAGGGGGUUAAGAUCGACAUUGAGAAGGCCCCUGGGUCUUCCAAUUACCGCAGUAACUCCUCCGAUCACUCUGGUAGCGGGAAGAGGAGAAAAGAACUGGAAGAGAAGCUGCCGAAGGAGAAUGGGGCACGGAGUUUCUCGUUCCGGGAGCUGGCCAAUGCUACCCAGAAUUUCAUGGAGUUGAAUUUGAUCGGAGAAGGAGGCUUUGGCCGGGUUUACAAAGGUCGCCUGGAUACAGGCGAGAUUGUUGCGGUGAAGCAGCUGAACCAGGAUGGAAUGCAGGGGAAUCAGGAAUUCAUUGUUGAGGUUUUGAUGUUGAGCUUACUACACCAUCCUAAUCUCGUUACCUUGACGGGCUACUGUACUGCUGGAGACCAGAGAUUGUUGGUCUACGAGUACAUGCCUAGAGGCAGCUUGGAACGUCAUCUUUUUGAUGUAGACACUGGCAAAGAGCCACUGAGUUGGAGCACACGGAUGAAAAUUGCAGUCAAUGCAGCUAGAGGCCUAGAGUACCUUCACUGCAAAGCAAAUCCACCAGUGAUCUACCGUGACCUAAAAUCUGCAAACAUCUUGCUGGACAAGGACUUUCACGCCAAGCUAUCUGAUUUCGGGCUUGCAAAACUGGGACCAGUUGGCGACAACACUCACGUAUCGACUCGAGUCAUGGGAACGUACGGAUACUGUGCCCCUGAGUAUGCCAUGAGUGGGAAAUUGACUCUUAAAUCAGACAUCUAUAGCUUUGGCGUGGUGCUUUUGGAGCUCAUCUCUGGACGUAAGGCAAUGGAUUAUAGCAGAAGGCAAGGGGAGCAGAACCUCGUUGUGUGGUCUCGCCCCUAUCUGAAGGACCAGAAGAAAUUCUGUCAAAUGGUUGACCCUCGACUACAAGGCCGCUACCCUCGUCGGUGUCUGAACUAUGCCAUUGCCAUAGCUGGAAUGUGCCUCCACGAGGAGGCACAUUUACGCCCUCUGAUUGGCGAUAUAGUGGUCGCCCUCGAGUACCUAGCUGCCCAAAGCACUGAGCACAUGAACGGAAAGGCAAGAAGCGAGAUCGUCUUAGCCUCCUCAACAUCAGACAGAAGCGGGCCAAUGACACCACCCUCCUCAAAACCGGAGGCAAAUGCACAGAGUGAAAUCAUCUUGCCCUCCUCAAAAUCAGAUGAAAGUGAAGCAAUGAUGCCACCCUCCUCAAAAUCGGAGGUAAACACCCAAAGCGAAAUCAUCUUUCUCUCCUCAAAAUCAGACAGAAGCGGACCAAUGACACCACCCUCCUCGAAAUCGGAGGUAAACACCCCUCACGCGCCUAUCUUGAAGUCUGAUAGAAAUGCUCAUAGACAAGACGUUACCAUUAGCGCAUCGUUCUAAAAUGACCAUCGUCAGUGAUCUGGGACAGAAGGUUCUGUGAAAAAACACUCAUUCCUUGAAUCAUUGUAAGUAAGUUGUUUAGUCAAAUUAGCUACGAUCUGAAUGGAAGAUUUAUGCCUUUUGAGUUUGUCCUGAGUCCUUAUGGUGUGGAGUUUUUGCCGCAGAUAUCUUGCAAGCUGUGAGAAAGGAUGGAAAGAGUGAGUAUACAUAAAAUUUAUUGAUGGAUGAAUGUUGUUUAUAUACAGAAUGUGUACAUGAAUUGUACAUAAGGGUGGUGUGAUAUGUAUGGGAGGGUAGAAGGGGCUUCCUUUGUUUUCUUCUUUUCCCACUGUUUCUCUUCUUGUUUGAUUUCUUGUGAAGAAUGGAGCAUAUUAUGUUAGAUUAUAUAUCAAUUAAUAAAAGAAACCCUUUCAUAACCCAGCUUGAAAAGUGAGAUAAAUGGACAUUGUAUUGAAUUACCAUUGAGCAAUUAAGAUGCAUAAAUUGUCCUGGAAAUGGUAUGAAAGUUUCAAACAUGACCCAAAACGAAAUGUUUGAAACUUACUUUUUUUAAGAAAACGGGAUGCUAUAA